UGACAGUCGAUUUGCUGACAGGGGAGGAAUUUGCAUCCUGGUUUUUAAAAAAAAAGGCCGAGAGGAGCUUGGGAACGGUUGCUAGGGCUCUGCUCGCCCCCCAAGCGGAGGCUGGUCUUGUCGGAUUGCCCGUGCACUUGUUGCCGAAACAGCCAAGACCCAGGUCUCCUCUUCCCGCCUGCCCAGCAGCAUGAAAGCAUGACUGGCCGGCCGCAGGAGAAGCCCUCAGAGCCAGGCCCCCAACUCAGCCAUCUGUUGUCAAGGUCAAGGUGUGAGCAGCCUCUCCUCACCAAGGUGUUUGGUCUGUACCUCAGCCCUGGAGAGGAUGUAAAGCCCCCCAGUCUGCAGAUGAGUGAUUCAGGCUAACAGGAACCCCUGCCUCCAGCUACCCUCACAGACAUGUCAGCCGUGGAGUAGUGUGGACACCUCCUCUCAGCUUCUCAGGGUUUCAGUCUUUUUUGGGUUUUCUUCAGUUACCUUUGGGGUUUUUUUUUUUAUGGUUUUGUGGCUAGACAUUGACAUCCAAGACAGACACCAUGGGAGAUCAUCAGCUAUACAAGACCAACCAUGUGGUCCACAGUGGUGAGAACCUUUUCUAUCAACAGCCGCCCCUUGGAGUCCACAGCGGGCUGAACCACAACUACGGGAAUACAGUCUCAGGGGGCGGAAUGGAUGCCCCCCAGGCCUCGCCCAUCUCCCCCCACUUCCCUCAAGAUACUCGGGGUGGUUUGGGCUUGCCCGUAGGCUCCAAAAACCUUGGCCAAAUGGAUACCUCGAGGCAGGGAGGGUGGGGAGGCCAUGCAGGACCUGGAAACCAUGUCCAGCUACGGGGCAACCUGGCCAACUCAAAUAUGAUGUGGGGGACACCAGCCCAGGUAGAGCCCACUGAUGGCUACCAAUACACCUACUCCCAGGCCAGCGAGAUCCGGACCCAGAAGCUCACCAGCGGUGUCUUACACAAGCUGGACUCUUUCACCCAGGUGUUCGCCAACCAAAACCUGCGAAUUCAGGUCAACAACAUGGCACAGGUGCUGCACACCCAGUCAGCAGUGAUGGAUGGAGCUCCUGACAGUGCCCUCCGCCAGCUGCUGUCUCAGAAGCCCAUGGAGCCUCCGGCUUCGGCUAUUCCUUCCCGCUACCACCAGGCAUCCCAGCAGCCUCACCCUGGUUUCACCAGUGGGCUGUCCAAACCAGCCCUUCAGGUGGGGCAACUUGCUCCCCAAGGGCACCUGUAUUAUGACUACCAGCAGCCCCUGGCUCAGGUGCCUUUGCAGGGGGGACAGCCACUGCAAGCCCCACAGGUGCUGUCCCAACACAUGCAACAGCUCCAGCAGCACCAGUAUUACCCACAGCAGCAACAAACCCAAACCGCACAGCCCCGGAUCUCCAUGCAAGAAAUACAGCAGCAGCAGCAGCCGCAGCAGAUUCGCCCAUCGCAGCCUCAGCAGCAGCAGUUACAGCUACAGCAGCGGCAGGGUUCAAUGCAGAUACCUCAGUAUUACCAACCCCAACCCGCGAUGCAGCACUUACAAGAGCGGGAGCAACCAAUGCACCUGCAGCCCCCUUCUUAUCACAGGGACCCUCAUCAGUACAACCCGGAGCAGGCGCACGCUGUCCAGCUGAUUCAGCUGGGAUCCAUGCCCCAGUACUACUACCAGGAGCCUCAGCAGCCCUACAGCCACCCCCUAUACCAGCCCCAACACCAGCCGCGUGAGGACAGUCAGCCGAAGACUUAUUCUAGUGACAGGCAGGCCCCGGUCAUGCUGAGUUCCCAUGGGGACCUGGGGCCACCUGAUACAGGAAUGGGAGACCCAGCGAGCUCGGACUUGACCCGGGGCAGCAGUGCCCUCCCCCAUCGACCGCUCCUGUCCCCCAGCGGGAUCCACCUCAACAACAUGGGGCCGCAGCAUCAGCAGCAGUCUCCCAGUGCCAUGUGGCCCCAGAUGCACCUACCUGAUGGGAGAGCCCAGCCGGGGUCCCCUGAGUCAAGUGGCCAACCCAAAGAAGUGUUUGGAGAGCAAUUAGAUGCCAAGAACAAGUUGACAUGUUCCAUCUGUCUGAAGGAGUUCAAGAGCCUGCCCGCCCUGAACGGCCACAUGCGAUCCCGGGGAAUGAGGGCCUCCCCCAGCCUCAAGCAGGAGGAAGGAGAGAAGGCCCUGCCAUCUCAGCCCCAGCCGCCACUGCCGCCUCCACCGCCACAGCAGCUCCCUCCCGAGGCAGAAAGCCUCACGCCUAUGGUCAUGCCCGUGUCUGUCCCUGUCAAGCUUCUCCCGCCCAAGCCCAGCUCUCAGGGGUUCACCAACAGCGUCGCUGCCACCCCCUCCGCCAGAGACAAGCCAGCCAGCUCAACAUCGGAGGACGAGAUGCCUGUGCUCGUGAGGAUGACCCUCUCUCCCCCACGCUCCCCCCAAGGGGCUACCCCCUGUGCGCCUGCUGAACUCCCUCGGAAGCAGCAGCCCGCCACCGCCAAAGCUGAGGAGCCCCUCAAAACCGGGCAGGAGAAGAAAAAGUUCCGGCACCGGCCCGAACCCCUCUUUAUCCCGCCACCGCCCUCCUACACCCAGAACCGCUCCUACUCCGGCGCCACCCUGUACCAGAGCCAGCUGCGCUCCCCGCGCGUCCUCGGGGACCACCUGCUCCUGGACCCCACCCACGAGCUGCCCCCCUACACGCCCCCGCCCAUGCUGAGCCCGGUGCGCCAGGGCUCGGGGCUCUUCAGCAACGUCCUCAUCUCGGGCCAUGGCCACGGCCCUGGUGUCCACCCACAGCUGCCCCUCACGCCCCUCACGCCCACGCCACGGGUGCUGCUGUGUCGCUCCAACAGCAUUGAUGGCAGCAAUGUGACAGUUACCCCAGGGCCUGGAGAGCAGACUGUGGAUGUUGAACCACGCAUCAACAUUGGCUUCAGAUUCCAAGCAGAGAUCCCAGAACUCCAGGAUGUCUCUGCCCUGGCCCAGGACACACACAAGGCCACAUUGGUAUGGAAGCCCUGGCCAGAAUUGGAAAGCCAGGAUCUCCAGCAACGAGUGGAGAAUCUUCUGAAUUUUUGCUGUUCAAAUGCAUUGCCAGGUGGAGGGACCAAUUCUGAAUUUGCUUUGCACUCUCUCUUCGAGGCCAAAGGUGAUGUGAUGGCUGCUCUGGAAAUGCUGCUGCUGCGGAAGCCAGUCAGGUUAAAAUGCCAUCCUUUAGCAAAUUACCACUAUGCCGGUUCAGACAAGUGGACCUCCCUAGAAAGAAAACUGUUUAAUAAAGCACUAGCCACUUACAGCAAAGACUUUAUUUUUGUACAGAAGAUGGUAAAGUCCAAGACAGUGGCCCAGUGCGUGGAGUACUACUACACAUGGAAGAAGAUAAUGCGCUUAGGGCGGAAACACCGAACACGCCUAGCAGAAGUCAUCGAGGACGGAGUGACGAGUGAAGAAGAACAAGAGGUAGAGGAGGAAGAGGAGGACCUGGAAGAAGAUAGGAAAUCCAUAAAAGAAGAGGAGACUGAAGUGCCCAAGUCCCCGGAGCCACCGCCAGUCCCUGCUCUGGCUCCUGCUGAGGGACCACCCCUGCAGGCCCUUGGCCAGCCCUCGGGCUCCUUCGUCUGUGAAAUGCCCAACUGUGGGGCUGUGUUCAGCUCUCGACAGGCACUGAAUGGCCACGCCCGCAUCCACGGUGGCACCAACCAGGUGACCAAGACCCGAAGUGCUCUCCCCUCUGGGAAACAGAAACCUGGAGGUGCCCAGAGUGGGUACUGCUCAGUGAAGAGUUCACCCUCGCACAGUACCACCAGUGGAGAGACAGACCCCACCACCAUCUUCCCCUGCAAGGAGUGUGGCAAGGUUUUCUUCAAGAUCAAAAGUCGAAACGCGCACAUGAAAACUCACAGGCAGCAGGAAGAGCAGCAGAGGCAGAAGGCUCAGAAGGCAGCUUUUGCAGCGGAAAUGGCAGCCACCAUCGAGAGGACUACAGGGCCGGUGGGGGCACCAGGGCUGCUGCCCCUGGACCAGCUGAGUCUGAUCAAACCCAUCAAGGAUGUGGACAUCCUCGAUGACGACGUUGUCCAGCAGUUAGGAGGUGUCAUGGAAGAGUCUGAGGUUGUGGACACCGACCUUCUUUUGGAUGACCAAGAUUCAGUUUUACUUCAGGGUGACACAGAACUAUAAAGCCCUGUUGUCACAUAGAGACAGAACCCACAGCCUCCAUCUUCAUUAAUCAGGAAACCUGGACUGCCUGCUUGUUUUGUAACCCUUUUAAACUAUCUGUUUAAAAAGUGGUUGUUUUAUUCAGGUUUAGAAAAUAAUCCAGUUUCAUUUCCUCUUAGCUUUUUAAAAUUGUUUUUGUGGGGAGUUUGGGGGGAUAGAUAAUUGGCACAAUUACCUUUAAGAGGUGUUUCAUCUGGGCUACAUUCUCAUGAAGUCAUUCCCAGGGAAUGAACCUGACAUUCAGUUCCAUUGCUUUCAGCCGU